GGAUGGUAUGUUCAUGUCCUGUUUGUGUGUUUUAUUCUUAGCUGUUGCUUUUCACAACAUUUCUUUUUUCCAAUUAUCGAUUCACAACAAAGAUUCGAUCUCAAUGUGUGUGUGUUUUGUUUGUUUGUUCUAUGGAUCAGUAUCAUCAUUUUGUGUUUGUGUAUGUAUGAAUAUUGACUAUACUUUCACAUUCUGAACAAAGUGAAAAUAAUUUUGAAAAAAAAACCAUCAAUCGAUAUAGCUAUGUGUAAUAUGCAAAUUUCAUCCAAAACCAUUCUUUUUUUGUGUGUGUGUCGUGAAUUGAAUCCAUUACCCCUGAAGGGUUGACACACACAUAGCGAUUCUAUGUUCAAUGUUAAAGUUUUUUAUCGUUUUGUUUGUUUGAUUGUUUGUUUGUUUGCUUAAACAGCAAUGCAAAACUGAAUGAAUUUGUUUGUGUGUGUGUGUGUAUGUGAUGCAGGUGCAGCAGCAAUAUCCAACAAAAUCAAAAAAAAAAAAAAAAAAAAAAGGUCAUCGGUCCGUAAAUCAUACCACACAACAAAACAAGUUCCCAUAGGAUUGUUGUCCGCCGAUUUUGAUUGGAUUCAUUUUGAAAACUUUUUGUUUUCUAUCCGAUUCAAAACUACCAUCUGGUCAUAUGUAGUUUCGGUUUGAAUUUCUUUUUUUUUUAUACAACAGUUUCAGGAUUCAUAAUUUGCCGGAUUUUCGCAACGGAUCAUCAUCAUCAUCAUCAUCAUCAUGCCCGAUUGGUAUCAAAAUAAACGAACCGAAAUUAAAUUAUCGCCUAUUGUAUAGAUCUGUUGUCGUCGCUGUUGUUAUUUGUUUCCCAAAAUUCAUGCAUUCCUUUUUUUUAUUCUGUUUCGAAAAAAAGAAUUGGUGAUGUGUUGCAACGAAAAUAGCCAAUAUUUCAUCCUCGAGCAUAUUUUUCUCUCUUUACAAUCUUUUCACCCUCUUCGAUCGUCAAAUGAAUUCUCUCAGUGAUCAGAAUAUCAACGAAAUAAGAAUGUUAAAUUAAUUUUAUCCACUAGAAUUUCAACUCAAUCUCAAUUCAACACUAAAACCCUCAACAAACAACAAAGUCCAUUGGCCUCUUUCAUUUGAAUUUCGUGUAUUGUUUGUGUGUGUGUGUGUGUGUCUGUAUUUGUGUUUAUCGUGCUUUUUCUUUAUUUAUUGGUUUUGCUUAUGAUCCUGGAACAGGAUCUCAAAUUUUAAUCUUGUGUUUGUUUUAGUGUGUUUGGUGUGAUAGUGAUCAUCAUCAUCUUCAUCAUCAUCAUCAUCACUGUGAUUAUAAAAUCAUAAACAAAAACAGCAGUCAUAAUGGCAGCAUCAACAUCACAUAAGAUUGGUGGUCAAUUACAUACGACCGAAUCAAUGUUAUUACAUCUAUUAUCACGUUUAGAUGUAGCUAGGCAACGUGCACAACAAGCUCGUCGUAAACGUUUUGGACGUCAUGAACCAAUAUCAUUGGCAACAAUGCGUUAUGAAUUACGAACAUUUGAUUUAUGGCGAUCAAUCAUUGCUGAAUGUUUAGCAUCAUUUUUAUAUGUAUUCCUAUUGUGUGCCACACAUCUUACAUGGACUGGAUCGAAUUUUAUAUUCGGUUCAAGUACACCAAAUUGGCUUAUAAUUGCACUGUGUUCCGGUUUCACAAUGGCUACAUUGAUACAAUGUUUUGGUCAUAUUAGUGGUGGUCAUAUUAAUCCGGCCGUUACAAUUUCUUUUCUAUUCACCAAACGUAUUUCACCAUUAAGAGCAUUUAUGUACAUUUUGGCCCAUUGUACUGGCGCUAUUGCCGGUGCUGCUCUUCUUUAUGGAACAGCAUGACGAUUAUAAUCAGCUCAAAAUUAACCAAAAUCGAUCUGCUGAUCAAUCAAUCAAAUAAAUCAACGAAAAUGCUAUGAUACCGAACCAAUCAAUGUCAAUCAAGACCAAAAAAAAAACGUUCUGGUUAACCAAUUGUUUUACCCACUAACUAUAACCAGAACUGGUAUAUUUCUAAUUGUCCCCACCGAAAGCAUCAUCAUCAUCAUCAUCGAAUAUCGAUUCGUUUUGGCAUGUCUUGUUAUGUGCGGUUGAUUUUGAUUGAUUAAAUCGUUUUCAGACG